AUGGAGUUUAUGCUGGUUGUAGUUCUAUUAUGGACGACCAUCUUCGUCUUUCUCUCAACCCUUGUAUAUCGAUGGAUAUUUUCCUCCAAAGACCCGCAGGUGCCACGGGGCCCUUCGGCCUUACCCAUCAUCGGCCAUCUUCAUCUCCUUGGCCCCAAUCUUCACCGCUCUUUUCACCAACUUUCACUCCACUAUGGUCCUUUACUUCAUCUCCGCCUUGGUUCUGUCCCUUGUGUGGUAGCAUCCACUCCCGAGCUAGCUAGAGAGUUUCUCAAAACUAAUGAACUUUCGUUUUCGUCCCGCAAGCUUACCCCUGCAAUUAAACUAGUUACAUAUGAUGCUUCCUUCGCUUUUGCACCCUACGGUCCGUUCUGGAAAUUCAUCAAGAAAUUGGCCACUCAGGAGCUACUGGGCUCGACGAACCUACGUAAUUUUGAAAAAAUAAGGAAAAUGGAGGUGCAUGCAUUUCUCUCUGAUCUAAUGAGAAAAGCAAAAGUCGGCGAGGAAGUCAAUGUGACUGAAGAAAUAAUGAAUUUGGCCAACAAUAUUAUCUCCCAAAUGAUGUUCAGUUUAAGGUGCUCGGAUGGAGAAAGUGAUCAGGCUCAGCAGGCUAGGACCGUCAUUCGCGAGGUGACAGAAAUUUUUGGGGAAUUUGAUGUCUCGGAUAUCAUAGGGUUUGGUGGAAGCCUCGAUUUGCAGGGAAUAAGGAAGAGAGCCAAGAACAUUCACACAAGGUACGAUACUUUGCUGGAGAAGAUCAUCUCAGAUAGAGAAAUACUAAGGAGUGCUAAAAGACUGCAAAACAAAGAAGAUGGAGGAAGCAAUGAGGCAAAUGAUUUCCUUGACAUGUUGCUUGACACGAUGGAGAAUCAGACUGGCGAAGUGAAAGUGACAAGAAAUAAUAUCAAGGCCGUAAUCUUGGACUUUUUCACUGCCGCCACGGAUACGACAUCCAUUGCCAUAGAAUGGGCGUUAGUUGAACUCAUCAACAAUCCAAGAGUGCUCGAGAAAGCGCAAGAGGAGAUCAAUAAAGUAGUGGAAGGAAAACACAGGCUUGCAGAAGAAUCAGACACUCCUCAUUUGCCCUAUAUUCAGGCAAUUAUAAAGGAGACUUUUCGACUUCAUCCACCAAUUCCAAUGCUCAUAAGAAAAUCGGUGAAUGAAUGCAAUGUAGCCGGAUCCAAAAUCCCUGCUCAUGCCUUGCUUUUUGUGAACAUUUGGUCCAUCGGAAGAAAUGAAAAAUACUGGGAAAAUCCGCUGGAAUUCCGGCCUGAGCGAUUCCUGGAGCCUAAUGGUGAUGGCGAUCCAUCACGCAUUAGAGACAUCAAGGGGCAUCAUUUUGAGCUUUUGCCCUUUGGGACUGGAAGAAGAGGCUGUCCUGGGAUGUCCUUGGCUAUUCUGGAGUUGCCAAACAUUCUUGCACUUAUUUUACAGUGCUUCGACUUCGAGGUGCCAACUUUGCAUGCAGGGAAAACAGAGGGUACUGCUCUUGAUAUGGCUGAACGACCAGGAUUAACAGCUCCAAGGGCAAAUGAUCUAAUUUGCCGCCUUAAAUCACGAAUUGAUCAUCCCCUUAAUAUCCUCUCCAGUCCUCAAAGUCAAGACAUGUUCUAAUUAAAUCUGCGCCAGAGCUUUGGACUCGUCAAUCAUUUAGCAUAGCUUGUUUCUAAGCAUUAUGAGAUUUGUUUGAGAAGAGAGUAAAUGUAACGCCAGCAUAAUUUUCCGAGUUGUCUCCUAUUAUAAUGAA